AUGAGCUCAACAACAUUUGAAGAGCUAGUUUGUUUGGUUGGUCCUCGUGUAACAAGAUUUCCAAGUUUUAGAAAGGAUACUUUAGUUGUUGGUGAAAUAUUAUCAUGUACAUUGAGAUACUUGGCUUCAGGAGAUAGUAUGAUGUCUUUGGUGUACUCUUUCCGUAUGGGUCAUUCAACAAUAUCAAAAUUGAUUUGUGAAUGCUGUUCAGUCCUUUGGCAGGUUCUUGAGAAAAAGGUUUUAUUAACUCCAAGUGUCUUAAAUUGGAAAAAACGGCUAGAGAAUUUGAAGACAAGUGGAAUUUACCACAUUGUGUUGCAGCGAUUGAUGGAAAACAUAUUGUUCAUCAAGCUUUUUCAAAUGAUAGUUCUACCCAUUUCAACUAUAAGGGUACACAUAGUACAGUUUUGUUGGCUAUAUGAUGCAUUUCCACUUACCGAAUACUUGAUGAGGCCAUAUCCUGGUCGUGGAAGAUCUACUAUGCCAAAAGAUGAAGAAAUUUUCAACUAUAGGUUAAGCAGAGCACGACGAACUAUUGAAAAUGCUUUUGGCAUACUAGCAUCAAGAUUUAUAAUUUUCAGAAAGCCAAUAAUAGAUUCAGAAAAAACAAUAAUAAAUAUAACAAAAGCAACAAUUGUUUUACACAACUUUAUAAAAAAGUUAGAAACAGACGCAGGUAUAAGCAUGUACAACCAAACCAUAUCAUGCAGUGCAAGCAACAUGCAAACAGAUGAACUACAAGGGUUAGUCCCAAUAAACCGUGCAGGUUCAAAUCAUUAUAGUUCAAAUGCCAAAGAAAUAAGGGACAAAUUAAAAAUAUAUGUUAAUCAUGCAGGAGCUUUAGAGUACCAACAGAGACAGUUAUAA